AUGGAUGCUGAUGAUUCGGACGAUUUAGAAUGCUAUGUUUACAGAGACAAACCCAAUAACAAUAACAACACUGCAUCUUAUACCAUUGCACCUUGGUCUUAUAACGAGCAAGAACCUACACCUUAUUAUUAUGAUAGACAUUAUUCUUCAACAGGGACCGAAAGUAACACGGAUGGUUGCGAAUCAGCCGCGGCUUAUAACAAAGAGAAAUAUUCAAAUAGAAGACCCGUCCUGAGAUCAACUCGAAGACGAAGAAUUCACACCACUCGUAAGAAUCCUUUGGCUGAUGUGGAGGUAGUUGGAAUAAGUAAUGUUCUGGGCACCCAAAAAGAAUUGAUAUUUAAUCUGCAAGUAAGAGCAAGAAAUAGCAAUUGGUGGACAAUUCGAAUGACCAACACCGCUUUCAGUGUGUUUGCCUCAAGUCAUUAUGUGCCUACAGCCAUGCUCAUGGCAGUUAAUAAUAGUACAACAAACAUGACAAUGGUUACAAUGGGUGCUGAUCCAGCAGAAUUUUUGGGAACCAUUUAUCAUCUGGAAGAUCCAUUGAUCUAUCAAUCAGGCGGACUUUUCCAAUCCGUAACAAGUACCGCCACCAGUCAAAUCCAAAUUAAAAAUCCAGGUUCCACCAAGGAUGACAAUAGUGGCAACGAAAGAUGGUCUUUAUUGAUUCGAUACCCUUAUGAGUUGACUGUAAGAGGUGUUCUGAAAUAUCAAAUCUUGCCUUAUUUACCUACUUUAACCCAAUUGCAUUCAGUGAGAGUAUGCAAAAUGUCACGCAUUGAUCCCGCUACAGGAAAAAUUUCUGAUAACGUACCCAUGCCCGAAAAAUCAAUAUGCGAUGACCCAUCACCUGUAGAAGGAUCUAUAAAUUAA